CUUCCCUCUUGCCCCUGGAAGUGGUGGACGGUCGAUGAGGCAAACUUUGCGCGAGGAGGCGGACAAUAUCGUCACCCGGAACGAUCAGACGAGUCAGAAGAUGGAUCGGUGGCUGAUUUGCACGAAUCAGCCAUUCAGCAUGGUGGACAACUUCUACUUCCUUGACUUCAUCGAUGCUGUGAAGAAGUGCCAUCCCAGUUGGUUGGACGGGCAGUAUAAAUUGGUGGGGGAAGACACGGGGUCACUAGUCAAGAGGUGGGAGAGAACAGGGUGCAUGCUCCAGAUGGAAGGGUGGUCGAACCGGAGGAACAAACCGCACCUGAACGUCAUGGUGUCUUCCCCAGUCGGAACUGUGUUUUUGAAGUCGGUCUGCAUGGAGGGGAGGGAGAAGGAUUCGAAAGCGUACUUCAAGUUGUUGGACGGGGUGAUCCAGGAGAUCGGUGUGGGGUCUAUUGUCGGUGUUGUGAUGGACAAUGCGAGGGUUUGCGCUGAAGCAGGGAAGAUGGUGGAGGCCAAGUACCCCAGUAUUUUUAGUGUGGGCUGCACAACCCAUGCCUUGGAUCUGGCCCUGGAGGACAUGUACAAGUGCAUGGACUGGCUGAAAGCGGUCGUCGAUAAGGGCAAUCAAGUUGGCAAGUUUUUCACCAACGUCGACAAGGCCCGCACAAUAUUCACGACGAACUUUGAGAUGCUUCAGUCGCUGAAGGCGGGGAGGAAUCCGUUGGAGCUCUGUGUCUGCAAUGCGGCGUGGGUGGAGAAGUUGGUGAGGGGGAAGCAGGUGGCGGCAUUCAACACCGUCACCCACAUCAUCAUGGACAAGAAUGGCUUCUGGAAGGGUGUGGAUAAGGCCAUUGCGGUGAUGGAGCCAGUUGUCAAGGUCCUUCAUUUGGUGGACGGUCCAGGAGCAACUAUGAGCAAAGUCUAUUUCGGCAUGGACGCGGUUGUGGCUAGAAUGCGCACGUUGGACUGCCUGUCGGAGGCUGAGAAGGCGGAUGUGGAAAAGAUUUUGAUGGACCGGUGGGCCUUCAUGACAGAGCUGCAUUGCGCGGCCGCCUUCCUCGAUCCCGAGUACAGGACGCACACCAUGCGAGACACGGAGAUUCACGAGGGGUUCAACAUCUGGCUUUACUCUUGGGCGCCGCCGGAGUUGCUGCAAGGAGAAAUCAGUAGACAGGUGGACAUGUGGGUGCAGGGAUUAGGCACUUUGGGAUCACAAAACGCAAGGGAUCAGGAGAGUUCGAAGACUCCGGCGCUAUGGUGGGAGGCGUUCAGGGGGUCUUUGGACCUCCUCCAACCGCAGGCAAUCAAACUCCUUGCACCAGCUCAUUUACGGCCAACGCCGCACGAAAAUGUUGCCGGAGAGAUUGAAUAAGCUGGUGUAUAGCAAUUGGAAUAU